AUUAAAAGCUGCCUGAGCUGCCUCUAGUUGCGGCUGAUCUGCUUUGCUCUCUCUUCUAUCAACUUCUACCCUACCAAAAUUAACCGAAAGCUCUGACACGCGCGACAAGCUUUUCGGCGCAAAAGCUUGGUGCUCGCGCGCAUACCGUAUCUAUCCAUUACCUCAUCGACGACCGACUAGGCACGCCUGACAUCUCGUCGCAAACAAGCAAAUCCUCCCGAGACUCACCUUUGAAAACAAAGUUACCAAAAUGUCGGCACAAGGUUACUAUCAAGGAGGUCAGGCCCCGCAAUAUCCGCAGCAAAGCUACGGACCACCUGGCGGCGGCUAUAACCAGCAACCCCAAUAUGGCGCGCCUCCCCAGCAGCAGCAGCAAAUGUACUACGGCCCACCGCAAGGACAGGCCCCGCCACCACAGCGACAGAAGAAGGACAGGGGCUGCUUGGCUGCUUGUUUGGCAACACUCUGCUGCUGCUUCGUCUGCGAGGAGGGAUGCGAGUGCUGCAUCGACUGCUGCGAAUGCGCUGGGGACUGUUGUUAAGCCUUGUGCGGCAAAUAGUCGAAUACGACUACAAAGAAAUAAAGACUAUACCGGUAGACGAACGUGACUUGGUCGGAAGUCGUCUUCCAUACCCAUAGGCUUGGUUCUGAUGAGCGAACAAAGGAUGUAGUAGAGGUGGUCAACAACCUGUUUUUUACUUUAGCAAGGACAGUAGGCGCCCAGUCUACUUCGAUAUGAUCCUUAAAUGUGUUUUUCCGGAGAUAUACUUGACCUUUGGUCUUUCCUAUGCUUGCCUAGUAAAGUAGUACAUCACUGCCAUGUAAAUAAAAAUACAAAACGACUUGUAUAUUCCUGGAAAAUCAAAACCUAGUAAUAAAUAAUACGGAUAUUGCAAAUCCC